AUGCCGUCCUGUGUCUGCUACAGAGUUGAGCACCUGUUCUCCAUUGUCUUUGGAGUUCUUUAUGCGAACAAAGACUCAAUCAUGGACUGGCGUCAGUAUUGGAACAAAUUACAACGAUUCCUUUCCAAAGAGAACCCUUUUUGGAAGACAAAGGUCACUGCCAACAAGAUCCGAGACCUUGUUCAGCUUUUCACCAAUGCGCGGAUGAACUACCUUGAGAAUCCAUCAGUCUCGGAGCUCCCAUACUUGGAUGAUCGCCAGAACUGCCGACUCCUCAAGUCAAUCGAUCGAUGUAUUGCGUUCAAGGCAGACAAGUUCUCUACCACUGACAUGCUGCAAUUUGAGGCGAAGGAUUGA